AUGACUUCGCCCAACCCUUCGCGAAAGCCAAAGAUGAGCAUCGAAGUGCCAAGUCUCGUUGUCACGCAGAUGACUCCCGUUACAAUGAAAGUGCCGACCUAUGACGAGCUCGACGACGAGCCUGGGAUGGCGCGUAAUUGGGCGGUUGAUCAAUCGGACAAGCAUGCACUCUCCGUCGAUGAGCAAUCGGCCAGUGAUUUCUUCUUCAAUCCCAACGUCUCGUCGACCGGGGCACUGGGUGUCUUGGAACUGUCUCCUGCGGCAACUCCACGCCGAAGGUCGAGCGACGCAAUCAGCGACGACGUCCCAGCAUCCGCGUCUGUGAUGGGUGUGCCGCCGCCGUUCGCCUUGACCACCUUACACGAAGCAUCCGGUGGUCUACCGCCGCACGAGCUGAUCUCUGAUGCGGCUGAGGCCCCGAAAGACCACCUCGCCUCUCCCAUCGUGAUUCGGCCGCGCGCUGCUUCCGCCUCAGGCAUCCACUCCUGGGAAGCCCAGCCUGCGGCCCACUCGAGCAGUGAUUUGGCCGCAUCCGCUGCAGGCGGUCCCGCGAGCGUCUCCAACCAUGGCGCGUCCUCAUCAUCCUCAUCAUCUCACCCACCAAAGCGUCGUCCCAAAGCGGUUACAACUCAUACCUCUAUCGACAGGCUGGACGUGGAUCAGCCCGCGUUCACCGGGAAACGGACACUUUCGCUUGCCGAGAUGCUGA